AUGGCGCAAACAAUCCGAGCAGCGGCGGUCAUGGAUAUUGCAUUGCGCCGGAUGCGGGCCGACGAUAUCCCGCAGGUGAUCGAGAUCGAACAGGAAGCGUUCACCCCCGGCUGGGUGGGAACGCCGUUUCGGCGCGAGUUGAACAGCCGGUACACGCGUUUCCUGGUGGCAUACUACAGCGAAGAUGCUGAGCGCGACGGCCGCGCCCCGAACGAAGCCGGGCACACAAUCCGGGCCGGCUGA